AUGACCACAGCGCAUCGCCCGACGUGGCACACCGCUCUAGGCGGGGAGAACCAAGGAGGAAAUCGCCUGGCCACGGCCACUACCAAGAGGUCGGCUAAAGACCAGCCUGGCGAGCUGAGGCUAAAGGCUCGUUCUGCAGAUCAGCUGCCGGCUACACGAGACAGGAAGAUCCUUGCAGAAGAACUGUCGAGGAAGGAGGGCAUCUACCAAAACCAGAAAAAAAACGCUCUCCUGACGCUAACUGCGCUUCCAGGUAUGCUGGCUGCUUGCGCUGCCCUUUUGGUUCUAAUUGAGAAUCCAUUUCCAGAAGACGCAGACGAUGUAGAUGCCCCCGCCGCAACGCACAACGACUCAGACGGCGGUAGUGACAGCUCCGAGAGCAGCGAUGAUGAGGAGGGGGAGCUCCUUAGGGAAUUAGAGAAGAUAAAAAAGGAGCGCGCUGAGAAAGAAGCGGCUGCGAUGAAGGCUUUGGUGUUCGAGGCCAUGUGCGGGGUUUGCCACCCGAGGCGGCCUCUUCUAUUGCGACAAGGGAGUCGUAAUGGUAAGUGGGAAGGCGAAAGGUCAGACGCACAGCAACAGAGGAGGCGUUUUGUGCGCGUUUGGGUUGCAAAAAACUAA